AUAGGGUCGAUCAGAGUAUAUACUCUUCGACCUUUCUUCUUCCUUCCCACUUCACUCAGCAACCAAACCAGAGAGCUUCGACCAAACCCAGAAAAACCCUCGCCGCAGCCCCCUUCUCCCCACCCUAUCUCCCCCAUUUCUUAACCUUUUUAGCCCAUUUUUUUUUAAAAUCCUCCAUUUUCGAUACUUAAUAACAUACACCUAAAAAGUUUUAAUUUUUUAGCCUCUUUAAGUGUCAUCCGAACCCAAAUAGUAAACUUUGGGUGUGAAAUCCGGCCACCCAUUUUUGUUGAGAAAUUGUUCAAUCUCAACCUCGUUUAAGGUAUAAAUAUUGCUUCUAUUCUUAUUGUAUUAUGUAUAUUGUUUUAUUUUAUGUUUUUGUAAAUUAUUAUUUGAGUUUUUUUAUUUUAUUAGUAAUAUUAUUGUGUUUUAUGUGUAUAGUGUCGGGAUUUUUUACGGUGGUCGUCGGAUUGCGGUUAUUAGGGGUUCGGCAUAAUUUUGUGUGUAGCGUAUUUGGGCUUGCAAUUAUAGACAUGGCGAACUCAGAAUCAGGAUCUGAUUCGGGAGCAGAAAAUGAGUGUCCAACCACAAUACCUACACGAGGGCCGACGCAAAUGAAUGAAAUAUCCAAACUAAUGGAUCAGGGCAAAAGAGUGGCCCUCGAAGUUAAUGAUAAAGGUCAAUACUGUGGAAAAAGCUACGCGAAGCUCGUAUCCACUCUGGGAGUCAGAUGUCGGCAGACAAUAGGGUUGGCUUAUAAAAAUUGGAAAGAAGUCAACCAGACUCUGAAAAAUAAAGUUUGGAAAGACAUUCAGACGGGGUUCAUUGUGCCGGACACCUUCAAACAUGAUUGUCUCAUCCUAGCUGGGAAGUUAAUGAAAGACUUCAAGAAUAGGAUGACAAAAGACAUCAUAAUGCCCGCGUUGAAAGAGAAUGAUCUGGGACGACUGGCACAAGUCCCUGAAAAGCACCCGGAGAUCGACGCUGCUGAUUGGUGCAAAUUUGUUGAAAGUAGACUAACUCCCGAAUUUCUGGUACGCUAAUUAUAUUAACACUAAGAUAAACUCUUAAAUACAAGUACAUGUAUCUAAUGUAUUUUUUUGGCAUUGUAGGAAUUGAGUAAGGUGCAACGUGAACGUUCCUCAAAAAUUCAAUCCAGACAUCGAAGUGGUCGGAGUGGAAUGGUGAACGUACGGGAAGCUGUGGUAAGUAACACUAAA